AUGCGCCAUGGGCUACAACAUGCUCAAGCCGCGGGCGGCGAUGCUGAGACGCUGCGCCCGAGGCUUGAGAUGCCAGCAGACCUGCCGCUGCUCUAUUCGAUGCCAGCGGCGAAGCAGCUCGGCACCCGCGACGACCCGGAAUCAAGCACCUUCAGUUUUCCUGAGGAGUUGGGCGCGCCACCCGUGCCAGUCCCAGAAGCUGACUCUCAGCACCCGCUGCUCAACCUGUUUCUGUCCCCAGCUGAAGGCUGGACGGCAUCGCCCGGAGCAGUCUUGGACGAGACGGCGCAAGAAAUACAGUACCAGAUCCAAGGACUUCAUCCAUCUCACCAUCGGGCGUGCUACUUCGGGGCGCCAGGCCAGGUCCAGGACAAGGUACAAACGCUCAUGUUCAUAAAUGCGGAGAUCGAGCAGAUCAACACGGAGAUCGAGCUUAUCCAAACGGAGAUCGAGCUUAGCAAAACGGAAAGCGAAACGGAGAUCGAGCGCACCAAAACGGAGGCCGAGUGCAGGGGCACGAUUCAGAAGCAGCCAGACCUUCGCCGAGCGUGGUGGCGCUUCGCUCAACUGGUGAUGAAUGCGGCCUGGGCCCUCGUGACUCCCAUGCGCGGCGCGAUGGUGAGUUCGGGGCACCAGAAGUGCAUCAUCUCGAGGAUGGCCCAUGCACGACCGAAGCGGCAUGGGGUCACUGAGAUGACGAAGGCGGAGCUGCGCGAGGAGCCGCUGACCAUCGGGGACCUCAGGACACGAGACGACAUCAAACACAGGGAGGGCCCGCAGAGGUCGGACCUGGCGUCGGGGUUCAGCAAGCUCAGGAAGCACGAGGCCGCCGCCCUCUGCCAGGCUGCGGGCAUCGCUAUCGAGGGGGCCUUCGACGCGCUGAAGCCCAGGAUCAUGCCUCUCCGCGAGAUUCUCGCUGGGUUCGGUAUCAGGUUCGGCGAGGCCGCGCAGCGGACCACCGCCGAAGGCCGCGCCCAACGCACCGCCCAUGACGAGAGCUCCAGGCAAAGUACGUCAUCUCACAUGAGCCCGGCCGGCAUAGACGAUCGCUUGGACGGGAUUCGGGAGAUGGCGAGUCGGACAGCAGCGACGACAGCAGAGCCGCCGUCGGAGGCGGAUUGGGACCCCGACCUGGAGAAGAUCAACGGGGACAGCGAAACCGAAACGAGCGAGGCGAGCCAGCCGACGGCGAGCGAGAGCGACGAGGACAGGCAGUUGAUGCACCACCUCGACCUCGGUUUCCAGCGGGCCAACGGGUUGCGCGGGGCACUGGAUUCGCGGACGCUGCCCGCCACGUGCCUCGCGGCGACCAUCGGCGAGUCGGCCGGCCUCAACCUCGCGAGUGGCAUCUUCAGGGGGGCCGAGUCGGAGUCCGCGCUCAAGGGGGCGCACCUCGUCGUCGACGAGGACGGCACAGCGAAGUUCCAUUUCGUGGAGGUCUUGGGCGGCAAGGCUGGCGCAUCCUGGGAAGCCGCUCGGCGCGGUGUUCCAGUGGGUCAGCCGUGGGACAUCGAGCACGGCGAUGAUCUCACGAAGCUCGCCACCAAGGAGGAGCUGAUCGAGUUCGACACGGAGCCGCACGCAGAACCUCGUCUUCCAGAGUGGCGCGCAGCGCCUGCGGCGGGCGCGGCUCAAGGAGUCGGCGACCUUGAAGCUCGCUACGAGGGCGGCCGCAUGGCGGCACCUGAGCACCCUGAGCUAGGGCGGUCUUGGGACGAGGGCCCGCGGCGGAGGCUCGGGCAGCUACCAGGCGCGGAUCCUGGCGGCCAUGAGGCUUUCGAGAGGCACUGCGGCCUGCGGUGUCCAGAAGAUCAUGAGCACGCGGAGCUGCAGGGGUUUGGCGGCAAGGAGACUUCUUGGAGCCAGGUCUACAUCCAGGCUUUCAACGGACGCAUCGUUGACGCCUUCGAGGAGGUGCUGAACCAGACGCACCAGGCCAUGGCAGCGCACGCAGACGACGACAGCGACGAGGCACCCGAGGAAGAGCACAUGGGAGCCCGCGCGAUCACCUUCGGUGAAAAAGCCAGACUGCGACGCCUACACCGGAACCUGGGUCACCCGUCGAACAACGACCUGGUCGGCAACCUGAGUCUCAACGGCUCGGACGAUGCUCUAGUCCGCGGGGCCAGGCACCUACGCUGCGCCACGUGCAAUCGAACGAAGCUUGCGUCGACCUCACAUCGAGUCUCACGCUCGUCGCUAGGCGUCGGCUUCAAUGGCGAGCUGGGCGCCGACGGCUUCUACCUGCGGAACGCGCACGGGAAGCCCUACCUGUUCCCGUCGACCGUCGAGGCCUCCACGACGUACCGCGUUGCCCGCUACUUCAAUUGUCGGAAGCCAGCCACAGUCGCCAAGGCCACGGACAUGAUGGGCAUCCUCGUCAAGGCCGCGGCCCGGCAGUCGCAGUGGCAGAAUUGCCGCACAGAGCGACACAGAGGAUGGCUCAAGCUCAUGAUCAACCGAGCGGUCGAACACAAGUCGGUCAAGAACCGCGGCGACCUGGAGACCGCCGACUGGGAGACUUGCCAGGCCAAGAACGACACGCGGCGGGUUUGUGGCUUUUCACAGUCGCAGCGGGCGCACGGCCGCUCACCGACGACGUCGGCAGACCUGAUGGACAGGCCCGGCCUGAUAGCCGAGCACAACAUGCAUCGCGCGUCCAUCGAGUUCGCCAAGAGGGCGGCUAUCCACACCGCUGCGCGGACGGCCUUCGUGGAGCUGCAGCACAGCCGGGCGCCCCGUCGGGCGCUCUUGCGGAAGCCGAGGGUCGCGCGCGUCAACUACCAGAGCUGCGACCCGGCGUUCUACCAGCGGCUGCGCAAGAAGAUUAAGCUCCACGAGUGGCGAGGCCCAGCAGUCGCCAUCGGCCCGGCGGGCGCCUCGAUCUUCUGCGACCGCCACCUCUACCGGGAGGCGGCAGACUUGCAGUGGCAGCAGUGGGAGAGCAACGACGCCGCCGAACCCCUCUCGAUCGAGGAGAGCCAGCAGGUACGCGAGCGGGCCCAUCGCAGCCGCAUCCCGACGCCAAGGUUCCUCCACCGGAAAGAGAGCGCUGGAGUCAAGUGGGCGCCGCCCAAGCCGAAGGCUCCACUGUGCUGCGGUGGCCACAACGACCCUGACCUCACGAUGGACCUCCGGACCAACGCGCCGACGGUGUCUAGACACUCGGCGCUCACCUUCCCAGCGGUGGCGGCGGCGCACGACCGCGACAUCGUGGUUGGAGACGUCGAGCGCGCCUUCAUCCAGGGCGAGGAGCAUGGACGCGCCGAGGAGCUCUACAUGUCACAGCCCAAAGAGGGCCUCCCCUGCAUGGACCCUCGCUGCCUCCUGAAUGGGUUAGUCGAGGCGGAGCUGAAGGGCGAGAGUGGCAACCCCAUCAUCAUGAUGCAGUCCCGACUCGACCGGACUGUGUCUCGUGGAUUCAACGAGGAUGGGAGGCUUUGCAAUCUUGUCUGCGCGCACGCGGACGACCUCCUCGUGGCCACGAGGGGGGGGGGCCCUCUGCUCGUCCAGUCGACCUUCAUCGAGUGGAGACUCGAGCCGGCCGAGAUCGAUCAGGCUUGGAAUCGCGAUUCGAGCUUGGAGCGCAACGCCCGCGAGAUCGCGGCAGGGUUCUUGGUCUACCUGUGCGAGCAUGCCGUGGCGGAAGGUCGCCCAGGCAAGGCGACCUUCGUGGACUGGAGGAGUCACACGUUGCCGCGAGUGGCGAUGAGCCCCUUCGCUGCCGAGACUCAGAGCUGCACGGAAGCCUUCGAUUCAGCUGAGUUCGUGCGCGCUGUGAUUGUCGAGAUGAUGUACGCGGACAUGGACGUGACCAGUAGUGAGAUGCUGGCCACCAUUCGCCUGUUGCCGAUCACUAGCGCGACCGACUGCAAGUCCCUCCGCCACCCUGCACUGGGACCCAGGAUACCCCGCUCCGUGUCCGCGACAGACGGUGCCGAGUCCAGGAUACCACGCACCAGGUCCAGAUACCCCGCGGCAGAUGGCUUCGGGGGGGACUCGCGUCGGUAUGCCUGGGGCCCCGUGCCGUCUGAGUGCGGGGAGCCUCUCGUGAGGGAAGAGUACACUCUCCAGGAGCUCGUCCGUCUGGGGCGCGUGGAGAAGCGGACUCUGUUCAUGAAGCCGAUGCGCGAGGUGUUUGGCUCCGACGAGUACUUGAUUUCGGAGCUCCUCAAGGGCGCCCGCAAGUGCCGGCAGCAGAGCUCCAACUGCCUGGUGAUGCGCUGGGUGCCUCCGGACGAGCGCUACCACAUUCUGCAGGCGUGUCUGAACGCGGUGAGCUCCCUCUUCGGAAGCAACUACGUCCACCAGAACGCGCUGGGAGGUGAGCAGACGGAGUUAUUCAAGUCGACGUGGUUCUGCCUCACUGUGAUGACGCCAACUUCGUCGAAGGAGAGACCCGCCGGGCAGCAGCCGACGAAGAGGGGGCGCUGCUCCUCGCACUUCAACGGCGGCUCGGACACUUGCACCUUCACCGACAUGUCGAGGAUCCUCGACCCCGAGGGCCACGCUGCGCAUCGCGAUCGCGAAUGA